CAGCAGCAAUGCCAUCCUCAACGCCACUGCGGCGCCCGCGCUCGCGGACGGCGUCGGCGACCACACGCUGGUGGCCAAGGUGACGGCCAUGGCGGUGCUGGGGCUGGCGUCCCUCACGCUCGGCCUGCUGCCUCUCAAGCUGGCCGUCUGGCUGGGCUGGGACCGGCAGGCGACGCGCAAGCCCGCGUCUGCGGCUGGAGCGGCCGAGGCACUGCACAGUCACGGCAGCCCUGCCGGUGGAGGCGGCGCGCUGCUCUCGGUGCUGCUGUGCUUCGGCGGCGGCGUGCUCAUGUGCACCACGUUCGUGCACAUGCUGCCCGAGGUGACGGAGGCCUUCAGCGAGCUCGAGGAGGACGGCAGCGUCACGGGCUCGCUCGCGCACACGGCGCCGCACCUGCUCAUGUGCGCCGGCUUCUUCAUCAUGUACCUCGUCGAGGAGCUGGUGCACAUGUACCUGCACUGGCGCAGCCACAAGCACGGCCACAGUCACGGGGACCACGAGCACGCGACCGGUGCCGGCGACGCCCGCAACUCGGUGAUCCACAACAACCUGGCCAACGUCGCGGUGGUGGCCAACGACGCCGAGGACAUCAAGAAGUCCCCGAUCAAGUCGCUGAAAUGGAGCGCGCGCGAGUGCAAGCCCUCCACGGUCGUCCUCGAGUACUCCGACGGCACAGAGGUCAAGUCUGAGGUGCCCAACGAGUUCCUCGUGUCGGCCGUCACCUUCUCGACGCCGUGGGGGCUGCAGCAGACGCCGGCCGCGGAGAAGCAGUACCUGCGCGUGGACGCGGAGCGGCCGUGCCGCAAGGGCGUGCCCCGCCUGCGCCGCAUGUCGGCGCUCUGCCACAAGGUGCACCACGACCACACCCUGGAGCCCGAGCUCGUCUCCGCCAACCUGCCCGACUUCAUGGCCGGCGCCAACCACCACUCGCACGCCAUCCCCGUGUCGGGCGCGGCCGAGCCGGACCCGGAGAGCGGCGACGACGCCGUGGUGAGCGCCAUGCGCGGCCUGCUCAUCGUGCUGGCCCUCUCGGUGCACGAGCUGUUCGAGGGGCUCGCCGUCGGGCUGGAGGGCUCGACCAGCAACGUGUGGUACAUGCUCAUGGCCGUGGCCUGCCACAAGCUGGUCAUCGCCUUCUGCAUCGGCGUGGAGCUGGUGGCCAUGCGCACCAAAAUGCCCCUGCACAUCCUCUACGUCGCCACCUUCGCGCUCGUGUCGCCGCUUGGCAUCGGCGUCGGCAUCCUCGUCACGGCCAGCUACGCUGGCGUGGAGGGAGGAGUGGUGCCCGCAUUCCUGCAGGGUCUCGCUACCGGCACGCUGCUCUACGUCGUCUUCUUCGAGAUCCUGGAGCGCCAGCGCGCCUGUGGACACUCCGGCCUUCGUCAGUAUCUCGCUGUGCUUCUUGGAUUCCUCGUCAUGUUUGGUCUCACUUUUAUCGGUGGUCAUGAACACCAUCACCAUCACCAUGACGGCGAAACCUCUGACCAACUACUCUCCAACCAGAACUACACUGUUUUGCACACUGAAUGAAUUGAAGACUCAAUAUCGUUAUAUCUAAUCAUAGGUCCCUAAGUUUUAAGUUAAUAUUUUUAGCUAACUGUCUGCAAUCAAUCAAUUGUAAAAUCUGAAUAUUUGCAAAAAGCUGUCAUGUAAAUUUUCUAGCUAACUAUUUAGCCAAAAUUGAUGUUAAGCUAACUAUAUUUUUGAACUAAAUUGAACCAAGAAUCUCUGACAAAGAUACCCUUUUUUAAAGUAUUAAGGGGCAUCAAAGAUGAGGUGGUUGACUAGAAAAACAAAUGAGGCUACUAGCAUUCCUUUAAGGACAUAACAAGCAACUGUGCAUGAAUAUUUCAAUUUGAACUCAGCGAGUCUCAUGUACAAAAAUAAAUUCUAUUUGUCGAAACGUGUCUGUGAUAUUAACAAAGAUACUAUUUUGACAGAGCAUUAAAGAUAACAUGUGUUUUGUCUGCAUGUUCGUAUGAGAAAUGACAAAGCUACAUCUUUCUGUCUAGUUGCCUUGAAGACUUUAGUAGUAUCUAUGUCCUAAAAAGUCUGAUUUAGUAUCUAAGUCUUGAAGUUUAUACCUACAUACUGUCCUCUAAAUAAAUAUAGAUUUAUUAAUGAA